UUCUAUUUUUUCGCGACACCAACCGCAGGACAGGUGUUUACUAGUAUAACGGGUAUCUACCUAAUUUUACACAAAAUAUAACCACACAAUUUUUCCUCGGACGACGCGAUACGCUGGAAGAAAAUCGAUAACACUGCGUGACGUAACGUCAUGGUGAGCAGUGGCUGCAGUGGCAGUGCCGGUGGCAACGGCAAUGACAGUGGCAACAACAACAACGCUGACGACAUAAACGUCAACAACAACAAUAAUAACAACGACGGCAUGCACGAUGGGUGUUCGGCCGAUUCGCUGGACGUGCACAGCUCCGAGGACCAACGGUACAAGCCACUGUUGGAGGCCAUCAAGACCGGCGAUUACGAUGGAUUCGAGUUCGCUGUGGACAAGUGCGGCGGUGAGGCGCUCAGCUUCCGGGACGAAUGGGGCUACACGCCUGCCCAUUGGGCCGCGCUCUACGGAAACGCCGAGGUGCUCAGGUACCUGGUGGCCAGAGGCGUGACCGUGGACAUGUCGUGCUACGGGAUCCAGGGCUCCAAGCCGGUGCACUGGGCAUGCCGCAAAGGUCACACCGCCGCCGUCCAAGUGCUGUUGCAGGUAUUAUCCGCACACAUAGGUAGRUCAAUCACAGAUGUGGGUGUCGAUCUAAUAUUAUACUGCUGUAUACCCACUCCCCCGCUCUUACCAUUUUAUCCAUGUGACAUGGGUACCAAAAGAGAUAUUCUGUCAAGGCUUUGUCAUACAUGUCGCUGCGUAAGACCCUUGCGAGCUAAACACUGCAGGCUGUGCAACAGAUGCGUCCAACAUUUCGACCACCACUGCCAAUUUGUUAUCAAUUGUAUCGGACUCAGCAACAGGUCGUGGUUCUUCUGGUUCGUCWUCAGCUUAGCAAUGAACUGUUCGUAUGUGAUUUACCUGGUGUGCUGUACGAUAAACGUAGAAGGGUUUAACGUUUUUUACGUCCUGGCACUUUUGCAAGCGUUCGCUUUUGGUAUUCUGAGCUGGGCCUUGACUGCGACGAUCUGUAUCAACGCAUUGAUGAAUUUAACCAGAAACGAGAUGAUUAACCAUAAAAAGUACGCGUACCUAAAAAACAGCAGAGGCAAAUACUACAACCCGUUUUCUAGAGGCGUCGUAAUCAACGUUUUGGAGUUCUUCGGAUGCACGCAAAACAGAACGAACUACGAAGGCGAUAUAUAUAAUUGUAGUUAUAAUUGAAGGGGGGAGGGGGUWACAAAAUAUAWGAAAGAAAAAAUGUAGGUACCUAUACAAUAUUCCUACGUAAACUGCCAUCUCUUUAAAGGUGAUUACUGAUUCCUGGGUAAUUACGAAGAAACGAAUCAAAGWACAUCUUUAUAAUAAUAUUGAUAAGAUCGGAUAAUUUUUAGCAAUAUUAUUCUGCCUCUUAAAUUUCUGCACRUUUAUUUUUAUAUGAAAUUAUUAUCAUUUUAGUAAACCAUCUUUAAUCGUAAUAUUUCAAUAAUAUACUAUAAUAAAUUAGGUUAUAUUUAAAUGCCAGUGUAUGCAGAUAAUAUAUUAUUGAUAUAAUAUUAUUUUUAUUUCAGACCUCAGUAUAUUCGAAAAAGAUUACAUUUACUAAAUUAUUAUUAUUAUUGUUAUUCAAAUAUUUAUUUUGCUAUGUCAGAGAUCACUUAACGUGAAUAUUUUUCACACAMAUUUUGCAUAAAUGACUCUACUUUUAGCGCGCGUGUUAUGUGUCUCAGUCGCGCAUAAUAUCAAAUUAACAUAAUAUUGUGAAGUACUGAAAAAAACUUCUCGAAUACCAACGAAAGAUACAGCGAUGAUAACGAUGAUGUUGAUGAGUUUGGGCUAAGCCUAUACCUGUUUUACUUUUUCAAACCAAAAAUAGGAGACUGCCUGUUUGGUCAUUCAAACACCGUAAUAGACUCUUUGCUUACUUUCUACUGGGUAACAGCUGUUGUGCACAAUAAAAUAUAUAGCUAUUUGCAUACAAUAAAACGUGCGUUCACCGUAUGUAUAGACUCGCGUAUUUUUUUCCCAGCAUUUACGUUCAGGUACAAUAGGAAAAGAAAGAARUAUAAAAACAUUUUUGCUAAACAAAACUCACUUCUUCUGUGAUUUGUAUUUAUA